UAUAUCAUCCUACAGCUUUUGAUGUAAAUGGUCAACCCCCUGGUCCACCGGUAUGCAUGAUUCACCUUUAUUCUUUCAUUCAUUUUUACGCAAAAAAAAAAAAAUCCAUUCUUAUGAUUCUAUAUUAUCUUCCCUUUCUCAAUUCUCUAAAGACAGUUAUUACCACCCAAGAGGCAUGUUAAACGUAAUGGAGCACUUCAAAACCAAAUACGGUGACCCUUUGAUCUAUGUCACCGAAAACGGUGCGUUCUACUAUUCAUCUCUUUCAUCUAUACAUGUGGAUUUAGGAAUUAUCAGUACCGCCGGUGGCGACAUACCCUUUACCGAUUACGUGUGCAGUCAUCUCUGCCGUAAGGCCAUCAAGGAGAAGCGUGUCAACGUGAAAGGAUACUUUGCUUGGGCUCUUGGGGAUAACUACAAAUUCUGCAACGGCUUCACCGUCAGAUUCGGACUUAGUUACGUUGACUUCAAUAAUGUCACUGCUGAUAGAGACCUCAAAGCAUCUGGCUUAUGGUACCAGUCGUUCUUAAGAGAUACCACCAAGAACCAAGAUCUUCUCCGCUCAAGGUUCUCCUUCAAGAACCGUGAUAGGAAGAGCCUCGCAUGAAAGCCCCAAACCACUUUAUGCCUAUCAAGAUCAUCUUCAUGUUUCCUCUUUCUAGUUGCUCUAUAUAGAUAAAAGGAGCUUCUUCUACCUACUAUAUUAAAUAAAAGAUUAUUAAACUUAAUAAAUAUUUUACAUACUA